GCCCUGCCGCAACAGAAGACCAAGCCAGUGGAUUCUCUCCUCCGCCCGAUUCACCUCCACCUAGGCCGACUCUCGCCUUCACCCGCCCUCGACACGCAGGGAUUCCUGCAUUCGCUCAGAUGGACACGGAGGACGCGCUGGGCUUGUGGGAGGACGGCGCCAUCUGCUUCAUCUUCGGUGAGGACAUGGACGCCAGGGUAGAUACGACGGCGGCACCGGUGCGAGUGCCUUCGACAGGUCGCUCAUGGAGCUCCGCGUAUUCUAGGAGGUCUUCUCCAGGGCGCCGGGGCAGAAGGAGGGCGAUGUCUGAUUCUGUAGGUACAUGCUCGUUCUUAUCUUCAGUUUUAUUGCAUGUAUUGAGAAAAAGUGCCAUGGCUGCCACCUCCUAUGUCCUCCGUCCGCCUCAUCAUCCCCGGUAUGAUUGCAUAGUGGGCUACUUGGUGCUGCCAAUAACAAUCAGCAUGACAUGAUACAUAGUUUCCAUCAGGAGGGCCGGCGACAAGAUGAAUAAUAACUUCAAUAGUUUAAAUGUUCUCUUUGUGUGAGCUGGAUUGUACUAUUUCCUAACUUUGUUGAGUGAUAUUUUGUCAACCUAUAUUGUAAAAUUAUCAUUUCCUGAAGAAUUUUGUAAACUUCUAU